AUGCUCAACCACCACCGGCAAUUUACUGCCACCACUAACCACCGCCAUCUUUGCCGGAGAAGAGAGGAAUACAGACCGAGAAGAGAGGAAAAAGAAAAUCCGACUAAGACUAACAACCACAAUCGUGAAAAUAUACCCUUGGAUUCGAUAGAUAUCUUUUGGAGGAAACUUGAUAUUUCAGAUACGACGUCUGUAGUAGACGACGAUAUUAAUUGCGAUGAUGUAGUGGAUAAAUUUAAAGAAAACUUCAAAAAACAAUCAAAAGCCGGGAAAAUGUUUUAUAAGAGAAAGCUAGAAGAGAUAUAUGACCCGUAUAAAACUGAUGUUAGAGAACCUAUGGUUCAAAAAGAAAAAAAAAACACGCAUGGACGACCAAGUGUGAAGAAACAACAGAAAAAGAAAGCCAAUCCUCCAAAUCAUGCUCCUCGUAGAUGCAACUUCUCAACCACAUCAGAGUUUAAUGGAGUGAAUUUUAAUAAAGAACCUGAAAGACAUAGCUUUUCGUGUGGGACUGACUUAAAUGAUGAACCCCAAAGACAUAGCUUUUCGUGUAAGAUUGACUUAAAUGAUGAACCCCCAAAGCAUUAUCCAUUCCAAAUGAAUUGUAUUCCAGAUAUAUUUCAUGACUACAUCGACGAUAUACAGGAUGUAGAAGGUGAUGGAAUCGUGGGUUUCAAUCGUUCCGUUGAAUUUUCGACUCUCAUCGAAUUCUUGAGGGUUUGCUGA